AUGGCAUCAGCACCAUACGCUAUCACGGGCAUUCCAACUACCAGAGCCCCUGAUGGAGCCCUCCCGCUUCGUCAAGAGAUUGAUGCUUGGUCUGCGAACCCAGCCAAUGUUGACCAGGUGAACUUAUAUCUCCAGGCGCUUGCUGCUUUCCAACAGUUGCCUGCGACAGAUAAGCUCUCUUACUUCCAGAUUGCUGGGAUUCAUGGGGAGCCUUUUAUCCCGUGGGAUGAGAAUACCAGUCCUAAUCCAAGAUCUAGGUGGAGAGGAUAUUGUACACAUGCAUCAAUCCUCUUCCCAACAUGGCAUCGGCCGUAUCUCGCUGUCUUCGAGCAAAUCCUUCAUUCGAUUAUGCAGCGAAUUGCGGCAGCAUAUCCAGACCAAGAGCUUCGAACCCGAUAUCAGACUGCCGCAGAAGCAUUCCGUAUUCCAUACUGGGACAGUGCACAACUUAAGGAACGUGGGGGCAGAAGAUCCUUGAACGUUCCUUACCUUUGCACCUUGCCUACUGUUCAAGUCUUCACUCCUACUUCCGCUGGAGAUACUAUCAGGCCUUUUGAAACUAUUGAUAAUCCCUUGUACAGCUACAAAUUUGUCACCACACAAGGAAUUACUAGUUUCCAAGACCAGGAUGGAAAUUUCUUUCCAUUCGCAAACGCGAUGGGAACUUCCCGCUAUCCACCACAAUACAAUUCUCGCGACCCCACCGUUUCUUCUCAGUGGACCAAUGGAUUCGUUGAUAACGACUCGAUCACGGAGGCACUACGGAAUCUGAGUUCUCUUGGUGAGGACGUUUACCGAUCAUUCACGACCAGCAAUUAUGCCUGGUACUCUAGCACCCAACAAUCAAAUCCCCCAGCGCCCAACAGCUACCAAUCUCUCGAAUCGAUUCACAAUGAAAUCCACGGCAUCACAGGAGGGGGUGGACAUAUGAGCUGGAAUACAGUUUCAUCUUUUGAUCCUAUUUUCUGGCUCCACCACUGCAACGUGGAUCGUCUGUUUGCCAUCUGGCAAGCUAUCUACGCUGAUACCGGCCGAUAUCCUGAUGCUUGGUUUAAUGCACAAUCAGCACAACUUCGAGACGAACGAGGAACUUGGUCGAUUGCUGCAGGUUCUCGCGAAAAUGCUGACACUCCACUAGCUCCAUUCCAUAAGGACGACAGAGGCAGCGUCUACAAUUCCAAUGACGUCCGCAAUUGGACUAGGUUUGGCUCUUCGUACCCUGAAUUGCAACCAUGGCUUCCUCAAUACCGAGAUUCCACUGGUGAAUUUAACGCAACGCUAUAUCGUAACGAUGUUGUUGCACAGGUCACCGACUUGUAUUCGCGAGUCAGAAGGCGUGUCCAGAACACUCAAGUUCCACGAAAUCGCCUUUUUGCUGCCACCCAGACCGGCACCCAGACAUUCCAAGGCAGUUCCGCUACUGCAGGCGGGUCGUUUGCGGCCCCACCGACAACACAAGGGCCCGGUCAGCAGUUGCAAUUUGGUCCCCCUCCUUCCGGCGGGCAACAGGCCUUCGCCCCUCCACCAACAGUCCAAGCCCAAGCCCAGUCUCAAGGACAACCAUUCACCCCGCCAACGACGCUGCCCACUCAGGGACAGCAAUUUACCUCUCCUCCUCCUCAAACUGCUCAGGGCCAACAGUUCCCACCCCCGCCGACUCAGCAGCAACAGUUCUCGCCGCCGCCGACUCAUCAGCAGCAAUUCGCCCCUCCUCCUACGCAGGAGCACGGACAGGCGGUUACGUCACCACCUGCACAGACACAAUUCUCCCCUCCGCCAACUCAGGCAUUCUCGCCGCCACCGACUGGUGAUUCCCACGGACAGCAGUUUACUCCACAGCCGCAACAGCAAUUCACUCCACAACCGCAACAGCAACAGCAACAGCAAUUUGCGCCUCCCCAGCAAGGACCAGGCGGCCAUACCCCACAGGGACAGCAUAGCUCUCCACCACCCAAGAAAAGCGGCCUCAGUGGCCUUAUGUCCUCUGCUAAACUGCACUUUGGUGAAGCCCUUACUGCAGGCCGUGAAGCCGCUCAAGGCCACCAGCAGCCUGUACAACAGCAUCAACAGCCCACUCACACUCCAGGAAACCCUGGCAGCAGUGGUACUGCUCUUGCUACUAAAUUUGGUGGUAUUAUUGGAGGCGGUAUUCAUAUGGCCCAAGAACGUCUUGGUUCUAAGAAGCAGCCGGGCCAACCUGGAACCCGUGGUAUUGAUGACGAACCUGGUCAAGAAGGAGAAUUGAGCCGUGGAUUCGGUGAUAUGAGCUUGGGCCAACAAAGUUUCGGCUCAGGAGAGUCGCUUACUUACCACGAAUACGAUGCAAACAUCCGAUUUGAGAGAUUCGACCUCGGUGGUCGUCCAUUCACAGUCCACAUCUUCCUUGGAGACUUCAACCCGGACCCAGCAACUUGGAUGUGGGACAAGAAUCGUGUCGGUGGAAUCUAUAACUUUGUCGCCGGUGUUCAGCGUGGAGACGGAAGCGCUUGCUCCAACUGCGAAACUCAAUCCCAGGACCACACUAUCGUUACGGGUCAGGUGUCUCUCACUAACGCCCUUCUUGACGACGUUGAAGACUCAGCAAAUGGCUUGAAUAGCCUGAUUCCCGAGGAGGUUAUCCCGUAUUUGCAACGACAUCUGCACUGGCGUAUCACUGACCCGAAUGGAAGGGAGAUCCCACGCCAGAGCCUCAAUACCUUAAAGAUCUCUGUUGUUGAAUGUUCCGCCACCAUUUCAAACAACCCCGGCGAGCUCACCCAAUAUGGGGAUCACAGAGUCUUGGACAUAGUUACUGAAGGUCGUCCGGCUGGCAAAGCGGCUGGCGAUGGUUACUAA